AGACACAGCAUAGACACUUUUGACAAGAUAGUUUAAUUACUAAUUAAAUAAAGUUAUUUAUAUGAAGUAGUCCAUUCGUUUUAUAUCUUCAUAAUCUCCGUUAUCAAAAGAUAAGACCUACUAAUGUCAGAUUUUAAGAUAUAUCGCGACAUAUUACUAUAUUACUAAAAAGUCACACUGCACUCUUAAAAUGUUGCUACCAUCUCUUAGGACACGUUUUAUAUUAUGUAUUCUUUUAAUAACACUGCAUGUUCUCCUUACUUCAGCAGAAAUAGAGCCAAACGAAGAUGAUAAACCAACUCUGACAGUGACCAUUGCACCACCUGGCAGCACAGCAAACUCAGAAAAUGUGGGCUUUACUCAUGCAUUUGUGGCUAGUCUUAGUGUCAUUCUGGUAUCAGAAAUUGGAGAUAAGACCUUCUUCAUUGCAGCAAUUAUGGCAAUGAAACAUCCAAGGUUAACAGUCUUUGCUGGUGCCAUUAGUGCUUUAAUUCUAAUGACAGUUUUAUCUGCUGUAUUUGGUUGGUUGGUGACAGUGAUCCCUCGAGCUUACACCUACUACAUCAGUACAGCUCUCUUUGCCAUAUUCGGUUUGAAGAUGUUGUGGGAAGGCUACCACAUGACAAAAGACGAAGGAAGGGAGGAAUUUGAAGAGGUCCAAAUGGAGCUUAGGCAGAGAGAAGAGGUAAAUAAACAUUUUAGUGAUAGAGAUGAGCAACAUGAAGCUGCUUUACCUGAUAUAGAAAUUGGUAGUAGCAAUAGAAGACCCACCAAAUCAGUAUGGUAUGAAGUUUCUCGAAUAUUAUUGCAAUCCUUUACAUUAACAUUUUUAGCUGAAUGGGGAGAUAGAUCUCAAUUAACAACUAUAAUUUUGGGUGCUAGAGAAAAUGUAUAUGGUGUUAUUAUUGGUGGUAUCCUAGGUCAUUGUGCCUGCACCGGUUUGGCUGUGUUAGGUGGUAGGAUGAUUGCACAAAAGAUUUCCGUGCGGACAGUUACAAUCAUUGGCGGAGUGGUGUUUUUAAUCUUCGCCUUUUCUGCUCUCUUCAUCGAUCCAAACGCGACGUAAACUCAAACAAACUAGGUUUAGCUUUUUUAUUUGAAUAGAUGUAUAUAUGGUACCCAACUUGUACUAAAUAGUACGAGGUUGUCAACUAUAUUACUCAAAAUAAUUAUAAUGUAUUAACAGUCCAAAAGACCAGCUGUAUUUUCAAGUACUUAUCGUUAUUUUGAGUAAUGUAUUAUGUAUAUUUGUGUAGAAUCAGUACUUAAAUAUUGAAUCAAAGAUAACAUACAGGAUGCUGGUUUUGUAUAUAGUUUUUAUGUAAUGAAAACAGCGUCC